AUGGACAAGCUACCCGAUUCCCCCUACCUUGACGUUUUUCGGACUCGAGCUGGCGAGCUCGUAGCGAGCCUUCCAAAGACCUCCUCCAAGCUGCCUACCAUGCCAGAGAAGGUGACCAGUGGCAUGAGACCAUUUGAUCUGAAUGUGCAAAACCUUCUGAAGUACCUCAAAGAAAUUGAAAAGGUCUAUGAGCGUUCCAAGGUUCAAGAAGCACGCCGGAAAGUUCAGAAGUUUCGCACGACGAUCAAAUCUUUGCAGCAACUGUCUCACAAACGCCCGGAGCUCUUCAUCAAGAAAGAGUCCUUCGACUUCAGUCUCAGUCCUAUGACCGACAUCACUGAGAGUUCUGAAGAGCACCAACAGUUUGAAGCACAUACUCCAACAAGAGUCAAUGGAGCAUUCAUUGUCACACCUGAAACAUUAGAGCACAAAGCCACCAGUCCAGGCGAUCACCAAGACAAUCACGAGACUUCGGACAAUGAGCAGGGUACACCCGAUUUCCGCCCAAUCAUUCCCAUGCGAAAUACAAAGCGACAGCCUAGCUAUUUGGAUCAAGUGCAACCAAUGGUCACCAGAGACACUCCUUAUGCUGGCAAAUUCGAAUUUGCUCCAGUGGGCGGCAAUCUGUCAACAUGCUUUAAAUUCGGUGCCGACCAGAAUUCGCCCAGUAAGAGCAACGACCAGAAAACCACUCCAAUUCCCUUUGAAGCUCAAACUGCUACAGUCGCUACUAUCGAAGCACAAGCAACUGAUGCCUGUGGACACAAUGCAGUGCCAGAGAACACCCAUGAAGCAUGUGGCAAUAUAUCUCUGAACCAGGAAUACACUCUUGGUCAUGUCUUUGUUUGGUCUCAACAUCCUGUCCCCAAUGGUGAUGAGGACGUUUUGGUUAACGAUCAAACUGUGUUGCCAGACAGCAGUCAUGAAGCAUGUGACAAUGUUUCUGUGAACGAGAAAUACACCCUUGGUCAUGUCUUUGUUUGGUCUCAACAUCCUGUACCAAAUGGUGACGAGGGAUAUCUUGCCACGAUAGAACUGUACGAAGCUGCCACUGAUUCAGCCGCCAAUACUCCCGAUCAUUCGCUAGUCUGUAACUCAACCGAGCAAACUACUUCCAAUCAUGAGUCUUCCACUGUUUCAGACAUCUCUACCAUGAGUUCUCACAAGGACAUCUUGGACGCAAAUGAAGCUGCACAGGACCUUGCUGUGGCCACUUCAAUUGGAUUUGCAACUGAAUAUGUACACACAAGCCAGUCAUCUGUCGAAGACUACUGUGAUACUGAAGCAAAUCUCGCGACUCCACCACAAGCGACCAUCGCGGCGACAGACAGCACUCCUACUGCCAGCGCUGCCGCUGGUACUGGUAAUGUCAUUGCAGAAGACGAUCAGGUUGUGGAGUAUGAAGACUCUCUUUCGGCAAAAUCACCUGAACAGAGUGGUUGCGGAUUCCAGGAAGCCGGAGACGCAUCUGGUCUGGAUUGCCUUUUCGACCCCUCUGACGCUGGAGAAAGCCUCGCCAAAGAAUUGAAUGAGCACGGCAUGCUCGACGAGAACGAUCUCGAUAACGUCGCGGAAGAUGAAAUCCCUCUUGUUGCCACUUCUACAAAAGCCGAAGAUCAGGGUGUCGAAGAAGAAGAGACUCUCCUCAUGGCUACACGGAUCUUUUUGCCCCCAAGCCCUGUCUCAGACGAUACCUUGGGUGGUCCUAUUGAUGCCAAUGACGAUGAUUUCUCUGUUUCUGAUGGUGAUGAUAGUCUGAUCAUCAUAACCGAAGAGGAGGCUCCGAUUGAGGAAGUCGAGGAGGUGAGUCCUGCCUCGAAACUCGCAACUACCGUCACAUGUCAGUCACCUUUCACCUCUACCACCGAGGAAUACACUUUGCGCCACGUCUUUCCUCAUACCGGGGAUCAAGCACCGCCCGAGGGAGAUACGGUCUCCAUUGUGGAUCAUGGUCUUGGUCUUGAAGAUACUCCAAAUUCUCCGGCCGCUUCUGCUGAUUCGACCUUGUGGGACGACCAGUCGCCCAAAACUGUCAAAUUCGAAGACACUCUGGCUGUGUCCACUGCUCAUCUUAAUCCUAAGGAGAUGGACGUCUUUGAAGAUGAACCAAGCACGGUCUCACUUCAGGUAGAGGCAGCGUCUGUUCCAAACUCUCCAUCAUCGAGCAGUGAGAGAAUCGAAAAGGUCACUACUUUUGAAGAUGAUGUUCCCAAGGAGUCCACAGUUGACGUGAUUGAGAUCAUCACUGAGAAUGUCCUCGAGGAGACUGAAGUCGCCGAUGUCGAGAUUCAAUCAUCUGUUGUUGCUAAUGGUGGGAACCACAAACAUGAUGCCACCACUGAGCAAACUGUUGGUGAUGGUCUCGAGACUUCUUUGCUGCAGCAGGAGAAUGUCGACGUGACCGAUGUCCUCUCGAAAGCAGACAAGGUGCAGUCCUCCAACAUCACUGCCGUGUCAAUUACUCGACACAGUUGCGCCACACUCGCGUUCACCACCGUGGCUUCUCUCGUGGUUGGCCUUGAAUCUCCAGUCACUGCUGCGUUCAUGUUGUACGCCGGCAUCGCGUACGCAAAGUACCAAUUGUAUCACUGA